CAUCUCUCCAUCUCUGUGCUGGGAAAGGAGAGGAGAGGAGGAGGAGGAGGGCUACAGCAGCAAGAGGGAGGGGUGUGAGGUGUGAGCCAAGAGGGGAGGGCAUCUCUCCAUCCAUCCAUCCUGCCAGCCCUUUUUGCCCAGCCCACCCCCUUUUUUCUGCCAGCUGGACCCAGCCCGAAGCCCAGGCUCCACUUCAGGAGAGUUUCUACCCUUUGCUCCAUUCCAAGUCAAGCAGGGAGAAGGCUUGGCAGCUCUCUCGACAUUCAUCACACGCUUCCUCUCCAUCUCCUUAAAUCCAGGUGGAUCUGCCUGUGAUGUCGGACGACGCUGAGAAGAAUGAGGCUCCUCCUGGAGCGGCCAAAGAGCCGGAAGGGCCAGGGAAGGAGGAGCCGGAGCAAGACAAAGCUAAGGAGAUGGAGCCAGAGCCCAAACCAGAACCAGAACCGGAGCCGGUGAAACCGCAGGAUGAGCCGCAGCCCCAGCCUCAGAGUCCCAAGGCUCCCGAGAUCCCUGCAUCUCCUGUGAUGGUGACGGUGACCAUCGAGGAAGAGACGGUUGAGGGCCCACAGGAGAAUGGAGAUCCUCCUGGCAUCAGAGCUGGUUCGGCCGAGGAGCUGGGGACCACCCCGGCAGGACCCACCAGCCCUCCGACCCGCUCCAAAUCUGCAUCGCUGAAUGACCUGAAGCCCCAGAACAGCCUCAACGGUGGUCCAAGGGUUGCGGUGAGGGGCAGCUUGUCUGGAUCUCAAGUGCAUCUAGCAGGACACGCCGGAUCUCCGAGGGCCAGCCUGAGCCGGCAGGCUUCGGCAACAGGGUCAGCGGCCGGUGAGGCCGGGGAGAAACCCAGAGACUAUAUAUUCAUUGCUGCCCUCUCCUGCUUCUGCCCCAUCUGGCCCAUCAACAUUGUGGCUUUUGUGUACUCUGUCAUGUCCCGCAACAGCUUCCAGCAAGGAGACAUUGAUGGCGCACGGCGCCUGGGACGGGUAGCGAAGCUGCUGAGUGUCGUUGCGCUGGUCGGCGGUGUGCUUAUCAUUGUGGCCUCUUGUGCCAUCAACUUUGGAGUGUUCCAGUGAAUGCGGCAUUUGGCUGGCACUUCCUCCCAACCACCGACAUGUUCCAUCUUUGGAGCUGGGAGCCAGCAUGACUACAGUCCAUCCAUCCCAUCCCAUCCCAUGACUCCAUCCCUCCCUCAACCAUGCAAAGGAGCACAAGGAUGGAGACCACAGAGGGACAGAGAGAGGCAGAAAGAGAGAGAAAUGAAGAAAUGGGGACACGAGGUCACGAGACCGAGAGAGGCAACAUCUUAUCAUUUCCUCCUCCAAAUUUUGAAUGCCCAUAAUGAGCAGAAAGAAAAGAUCAGAUUUUUGGAAAUGGGUAAGAGGGGAGGAAUCGACCCUAUCUUUCUACGUUCUCUCUCUUUCUUUCUCUCGUUUUUUUUCUUCCAUCCAUCCCGCUGCCUAUUCAACCAAUGACCCAUCUGCCCAUCUUCCAUCCACUGCCAAAUUUCGACAGCAAAUAAAACUCUUUCGAUAUUCCAUGUUUACAAGAAGCUGCCGGAGAAAAAUACAAAAGCUCUUUUCCCCAAUCCUCUACAAAGGAGGCGGGGGAGCAUGUUUACAUGUUUGCUGGCAAGAAUACGAACAGAACCAGCGCAAGAAGAGAGGAACCACUUCUUACGUCUCUUGCCCUCGUCAGUCGUGUUUACAAAAGACACCAAAUAGGAUGAGAAAGGACCGAGGGAGCCGGUGCCAUUGGUCAGGAUGUGAGCUGGAUGUGGUGGAGUGGGAGUUUGUAGCAAAGUAUUGUGUAGAAGGAGGUGCUGACAACAAGGUGGUGUGACCCAAGCAGAGUUGGUGGCAUACAAUUAAGGACCAUGAGGGAUGGCUUGUACUAACAAAUCUCUUGCCAAACCCAUUGGUGGAAAAGGAAUGACACAAAAUAUAUCUUAUUGGCUGAAGACAGCAAUGAAAUUAGUGUUAACAGAUGAAAUAAUGUAAACAAACGGAACUGGGAAAACUUGCAGCAAGGAAGUGGGCUUGAAUAGGAAGCAACAGAUGCAGAAGACUGAAAUAAUCAACCCAAGAGACUUGGAAAGAAGGAAGCUUAUUGGAGAGAGGUGAAGAGUUUUGAGAAUAGGUGGCAUUACUCUCAACUCAAAGGGACAAGUGCCAAAAAAGAAACAAGUUGGUGUGGGAAGAAGCUUAAGAAGAAAGCCAAAAGAGGAAAGGAAAAUAGAAGAACAGACACUGCGACAACUGGAAGACAUUGAAAUGAUGAGAGAGAUGCACUAGAGUCCAAACAGAGAGAGUUAAGAAACUAUUCAAGAGAAAGUGUGCAUAGAGGGAACAGGCUAAAAUUGGAUUGGAAGACUAGCUACAACUGGAAAAGCAUGGCUAUUUGAUUUGCAUUGAUUUUGUCAACAGACAGGGUGAAGUAAUGCUCAUAUAGGUUUAUAAAUGCAAGUUAUAUACAAUAGAGUCUCGCUUAUCCAACAUAAAUGGGCCAGCAGAACGUUGGAUGAUCGAAAAUGUUGGAUAAUAAGGACGGAUUAAGGAAAAGCCUAUUAAACAUCAAAUUAUGUUAUGAUUCUACAAAUUAAGCACCAAAACGUCAUAUUAUACAACAAAUUGACAGAAAAAGCAAUUUAAUACAUGAUAAUGUUAUGUAGUAAUUACUGUACUUAUUUUGGACCAAAACAGACAAGGUUUCUUUCUUUCUCCCCAUCUGGACAUUAUUCCGGGCGGAAGGCAGACUGCGUUGGAUAACACAGAAUGUUGGAUGAGCGAAGGUUGGAUAAGCGAGACUCUAUUUUGACAAUCCUGCAAAUAUAAGGAAAGAUGAAUCUCAACUGAAGAUAAUGUUUGAGAACUGAAUGCUUGAGGCUGAUGGGACGUUGGCAUGGAGGGAAUUCAGGGAGCAAGGGGACAAACUGGGAACAGUGGAAAGACACUGUAGAUGCCGUUGGGAUGGUGUCCAAGAAGAAUGGGAAUCAUGUGACCCCACAAGUGCUGUCAAACUGCAAUUCCCAGUAUUCUUAUUGUGGAUUGUCGGGACUUUUGGUCCAACAACAUCUGGAGAGCCACACAAUUUCCAUCCCUGGUGUAAAAGAUUGAUACCUUUUAUUUGAUUUAGCUGGUUGGCUGAAGAAAUGCAGCCCCAGUUCGUUCUGGCACAGAGAAGGAAGGAAGCCAGAAGACUAUUAAAUAGCAAAAAGAGUGAGGAAGUAAUUAAUUAUGUGUAUAUGUAAUAAAUAAAUAUUAAGAAGAUACUCUAGAUCUACCAAGCAGUCAAUAUCUCCUAUAUUAUAAAUACAAUGUCUAUACAAUUUUCCAGCAAUAGAUGUGAAGGUCUGUUGGGAAUGAAUCUUUAACUAAAGGAAGAUUGAUCAUUAGAGAUAUAAAUAAAUCUUCAAUAAAAGAUUUAUUUAUGGGCAUGUUUUUACAUUGUUGGUUUCUCCAGUGGCCAACAUUAACUUUCUUUGAGUAUUCUAAAAGACUAAUAUAAUGUGAUUUUCCUGCUUCUUGGGAGGGGGUUGGAUUAGAUGGCACAUGAGGUCUCUUCCAACUCUAUGAUUCUAGUUCUUCCCACCAGACAAACACAUCCAUUAAUAAAAAUGCCUCUUGCUUGCACCACUUGACUGUUUGGUAGAUCUACUACAACUUUUGAAAUUUUAGUAUAUAUACACUUAUAUAUUAAUUUAUUUCCUGCCUCUGUUCCUUUAACAUAGGAUCAUAUUUGAAAGGCAGAAAAUACAGUGAAGGGAGGAUUGGAAAACACCAAGAUGGAGAGCAGAAUACUUUAUGCCAAUUAUGUGUUGCGUCUGGAGGUAGCACAAACCCAUUGAAAAUCCACGUUGUUUUUCCUGAUUCACUUCCAUCAACUUAAACAGGCCUACUCUUGGCUCAAAUCUCUAAGAAUUAGAGCCAGAGUCGACAACUGUAGUAGUCCAAGUGUUGUUGAAACUGCAACUACUUUUGUCCUUGACCAUUGGCUAUACUGAGACUGAUGGGAAUUGCAGUCCAACAGACAUGUUGAAAGACCACAGCUUUUUACCCUUGAAUUAGCAAAUCAGAAAUAAGACAGAGACCAAAGAAUAUCUCAAUUAGAAGGCAUAACAGCUAGAAAACCAGCCACAGUGUGUAUGCCAUAUGUAUUGUGAAAGUGUGACAUCAAGGAGAAUAAUUGCCAUGUAUAUGUAUUGAAAUAUUAGGGGUUUGUGAGAUAAUAGUUCCCAGAACCCUGCAGUUAUUGUUGCUACCAACGCCUUGGAAACAACAAGAGUGAGGAAGGACUAGACAGAGGAAUCCAUAUGUCGUCAUUUCCUUGAGUUGACAGAACACAACAAAAUGCAAUAUUUAGUAUAGGGCCAUCAAAGCUGUUGAAUGUGAUCUGAAAUUCAGCCACUGUGUGGAUGCCAUACAUAUUGUGGAAAUGUGACAUAAAGCAGAAUAAUUGCUAUGUAUAUUUAUGGAAAUAUUAGGGGUUUGUGGGAUAAUAGUUCCCAGGAUCCUGCAAUCAUUGUUGCCACCAACUCUUGUUGUUGUUGCCACCAACAACAAGAGUGAGGAAGGACUAGACAGAGGAAUCCAUAUGGCAACUUUUCCUUGGGUUGACAGGACACAACAGAACACCAUAUUAGCCUAGGGCUACCAAAGCUGGUGAAUGUGAUCUGAAAUCCAGAAGCCAAUUUUGAAUGAAGCAUGGGAUCCUAAGCCACAACAAUGGCACAAAAAACAGUAUCAAAGGCUACAAACACCCACAGAAGUGAGAGAUCGAGAGGAACCAAUGAGGAGAUGAAGAAGGUUAGUUAAAAAGCCAAUUGAUGGAGUCAGACAGACAUGCAUGCCUUUGGUCUUCGGAAUGCAAUUUGGACAAAUUCAUAGAGCUACGGACAUCUCCUUUUGAGAGAAGAAUGGAAAAUAGCAACAAAAGGACCAGUCUAUUUGUAAACAGGAUAACAGGAUGGGAAAGGGCACUGGUAGAGAAGUGUCGCUGAUGGAGGAAUAUACCCGAAAGCAUACACUCCAUACCAAACAAUGACAAAAAUAUUUCCAAAGGGCCAGUCGAACAACCAUGUAUGCUACUAAUGGACAGAAACAAUUGGGGCGGGGAAGGGGAAGGGCACCAGCAAAGAAUUGUGUGUGUGUCAGACACGAAUAUUCACCCGGCACAAUGUGACUUUUAAUUUAUUUCUUUUUUCCUUCGCAGACUGUUAACACAACUGGGGUGCGGGUUGGUGGGCGGGCGAUCUCUCGGUAUACUCCUCUAAACUCUGUGCUUGGGAGGGGACACAGAGCUUUAUGCCGGGAGAAGGGUGUCCAUAAAACUCCUCUCCCUCUUCAUCUGCACGGAUUAUUAAUAACCUCUGACCAUCCCUCGACCAUCCCUCCACAUUGGAAAAAUCAAAAUUGCCUUUCCUUUGAUGGAUGCAUGGCGUCACAAAGGGCUUUCCACAGUAGGACACCUUCCAAGUGGGACUUCUAGUUCUCUCACUUACCUGGAAGGUGCCCAGUUGGAGAAAGCCAAUGUAGCAGGAAGGGCAAUGUUUGUAUAUUUCCAUCAUCCCCUGUCCUGGGGAGGCUUAAACUCUAGGAAGGGGACGGGGGAUGGACGGGGGUGGCCUGUUGUAUUUUGAUGUUGAAAUGCAAGUAUUCUAAUCUGCAUGUUUUUAUAUGCUUAUAUUUGGGGGUGGGCAGGGAAAGGUGAGGGGUAUAUGGGGAGGGGGGAGGGGAAUCGGAAACACGGAAUGAGAGAGAGAGUUGAGACAGAGUGUGAUGGUGCAAGAUUCAACAUGGAGGGUCGGAAAUGGGUGGAAUAUUUGGGAGUUGAGGGAAGAGAUGUUUGACGGGAAAAUUGAGGGUCACUUGGAGAUGGGAAUGAGCUUCGGCCUGUUGGGAUAGAAUGGAUGAAUCAAUAGCAUAAACAAGCAGGAUGGGAGGUUAGGAGAAGAUGGGAUAGGUCUAGAUCCAUGCAGAAAUAUCACAAAUCUUCAGAGGUAGUUCAGAGGUAAAUAUUUGGGUCUCACAUUAAGCAAAAUUGAGAGACAGUUGAGCCUUUGUCACAAGGCGACUGCCCCUCUCAACAAACAAAUCAAGGAAACCAUCAUAGUUUCACCUUAUGGUCACUAGAACAGUGGUUCUCAACCUGGGGUCCCCAGAUGUUUUUGGCCUUCAACUCUCAGAAAUCCUAACAGCAGGUAAACUGGGAGUUGAAGGCCAAAAACAUCUGGGCCCCCAGGUUGAGAACCACUGCAUUAGAAGUUGGAAACAACUUGAAGGCAUACAACAAAUGCUACGUUGGAGAUCAAUGUAUGGCAGUGGUUCUCAACCUGUGUGUCCCCAGGUGUUUUGGCCGACAACUCCCAGAAAUCCUAGCCAAUUUACCAGCUGUUAGGAUUUCUGGGAGUUGAAACAUCUGAGGACCCACAGAUUGACAACCACUGGUGUAUGGGAAAUCUCUGAGUGGAGGUAGAUCUCUAGCUGACUUUAUUUGUCAACAUGGAAGGUGGAUCUGUUCCACACUUGAAACCACUCUGAGUAAACCUAACAAUGUCAACAUGGAGUUGUGGACCUAUUCCACACUUGAAACCAUCUGCGAGUAGAACAAUCAGUUUGAGACAUACUUGAUUUGGGACUAACAUUCCCAGAGUCCUCCAAAACCCCUGUAGUAUGAUUGGGAACCCAUGAGCUGACUUUUCCAAGCUCCGGAUCAAAUGUGGGUGCAUGAUUUAAUCCAGAGACCAGGAGAAAGGGGACCUUUGGCUGCCGUUGCCUCAAAGCUGCCUUGGCUCUGCUCCCCAACCUCUGAUUCUACAAAA